AUGCUGGUAAUCAGAAACACUGCAGAGAAGGAACUAAUCCUCUUUGAUGAAAAUGUAAAAUGUACAAGCAGUUUGAGGACAAUUGCUAAUAUGCUUGAUAAUGGAGGAGUCUGUGGAAUUCCCACUGACACUGUCUAUGCCCUGGCAGCUUCCUGCAAGCACCCAGAAGCUAUCAACAGGAUUUACUCCAUCAAGGAACGUCCAUCGGAAAAGCCUAUCUGUAUCUGCAUUUCCAACCUUGACCAGCUGAGGGUCAUCAAUCCCCCGUUCAGCCCCUUGCUGUGGAACUUCAUGGAUCUUGUAUACCCUGGAGGCAUAAGCUGCAUAGUACAGAAAGGAGAAUGGCUUAAAAAAUUAGGUGUCGGUCCUGCCUAUGAAACAGUCGGAACUAAUGACUCUAUCAUGAUAAGGGUCCCAGACCACACAGUCACCGCUCAUCUCACAGACAUGACUGGGCCUUUAGCUAUCACGUCAGCCAAUCCAAGUGGAGAAAGUGAUAGCACCCAUCAUGAUAUGGUGAUAACCCGACUGAGUGAUAAGCUGGAUGCAGUUCUAUGUGAUGGAUACUCCAAUGAGCUUGUGGGGUCCACAGUUGUAAAUUGCACCAAAAUAAAUGAAGGCAUCAUUAAAAUCCUGCGUGAGGGCUGUGUGCCAACCACUAAGAUUAUGCAACUAUUUGAGCGAGCCAAGAACACUCCGGGGGUUUUGUAG